AUGUCAGCCGCUUUCGUUGUUUCCGUCAUCGCUGGCAGCCUCAGCUGUAUCCUCCUAGUAUGGCUUUUGAGCGGGCUCGCCAAUCUCAUCCCAACCCGAUAUCGUCCAGCUGAGAAUCCUGAAGAUGAGCACAUCCAGAUCCUCGUCGUCGGCGACGUUGGUCGCAGUCCUCGCAUGCAAUAUCACGCAUUGAGUGUUGCUAAACAUGGACGAAAUGUCGAUAUUGUUGGCUACAAAGAGACGGCGAGACACCCUGAUCUCAUUGGUAACCCUCGAGUCACCAUGUAUCCCCUUCCGCCGCAGCCUGAGGUGCUUCGAUGGGGAACUCUGCCAUUCUUCCUCAACCUUCCUAUGAAGGUUCUAUGGCAGUUCUGGGGCAUGUUUCAUACUCUCAUGUAUGAUGCGCCUCCAGCCAAAUGGAUCAUCAUCCAGAACCCUCCAUCUAUUCCAACCUUUCAUGUGGCACUCAUGGUCUCUCUCAUCCGAGGUAGCAAGCUUGUCGUGGACUGGCAUAAUUACGGAUACACCAUCCUUGCCCAGAAUCGUUGGUAUAAGCCCCUUGUGCCCCUGUAUCGAUGGUAUGAGACCGGCUUUGGGCGCUAUCUUGGCGAUGCCAAUCUUGCCGUCACUGAUGCCAUGGCUCGUCAACUCAAGGUGAAGCCAUUCAAUGUGAAGCACCCCGUCUACACUCUGCAUGACCGACCAGCCCAGGUGUUCCAGCCUAUCUUGUCAACAACAGAGCGGCAGGCAUUUCUGUCUAGGCUCGCGGAGACCAAGGCCUUGGCCAAGGAUAUCAUGGCCGGUGCGGUUCGUCUCAUUGUCAGCAGCACCUCGUGGACGCCAGACGAAGAUUUUGGUCUACUUCUCGAUGCCCUUGUGUCAUACGCCAACGACUUUUCCGAGUCUUCUCCUAUCCUAGCUAUCAUUACCGGAAAGGGUCCGCAAAAGGAACACUACCUCGAUCGGAUCAAGACACUCCAGGAGGAGGGCAAGUUGCCUGGCAUCCGAGUUGUGACCGCCUGGCUGUCGACUCGGGAUUACGCCUCGUUGCUGGCCUGUGCUGAUCUCGGCAUCUCACUGCACAAGUCUAGCUCCGGUGUAGAUCUCCCCAUGAAGGUUGUCGAUAUGUUUGGUGCUGGUCUCCCUGUUGCAGCAUACUCUGCGUUUGAGAGUUUCAGUGAGCUCGUCAAGGAGGGACAGAAUGGUUGCGGCUUCGAGACCUCGUCUGAGUUGGCCGAAAUCCUCCGAAGGCUACUUGGGUUCUCCGGACAAGAAGAGUUGGCUCGAUUAAAGCAGGGUGCAGUCAGUGAGGGAAAACUACGAUGGGAUGAGGAGUGGGAUCGAGUGGUCGGAAAAGUCAUUGGGCUGGUGGACGAGGAGAAGAGCACAUAG